CAUAUGGUUGGUUGGCUUGGCCGCCAUAUUGGAUUUUGUCGGCGUCGCGCCAUUAUACCGUUUGUAGGUAUCUAAAUUUUUAGGAGUGAUUGACGCGACGUGGUGAUUAUAUUGCAGUGUUUUAUAUUUUAUGAAAAUGGGAAAGAAAGAUAAAAAAGAAAAAGGUGAGACCAGUGACGGCUCUAGCGAAGAAGAAGAAUAUGUUGUAGAAAAGGUCCUAGACAAACGGACCGUCAAAGGGAAGGUUCAAUAUUUAUUAAAAUGGAAAGGUUACAAAGAGGAGGAGAGUACCUGGGAGCCGGAGGAGAACCUUGAUUGUGAAGAGCUUAUUAGGACAUUUGAAGAAAACAGAAAAGAAAAGGAAAAAUCAAAGAAGCCGGAAGAUAAAGGAAAGAAGCGUGUCCGGGAGUCUAGUGACGAUGCGGGCUCCACGCGGAAGGGGCGGGGCACCAGCGUCUCGUCCGUAGAGGAGCCUAAGGAGAAACGAAGCAAGGACGAGAAGACUAAGUCUGGAUUUGAUAAGGGAUUGAAGGCUGAAAAGAUUAUAGGUGCGUCGGACGCGACCGGCGACCUCAUGUUCCUAAUUAAAUGGGCGGAUUCCGACGAAGCAGAGCUGGUGCCUGCCAAAAUUGCCAAUGUCAAAUGUCCACAACAGGUUAUUGCAUUUUACGAGGAAAGGUUGACGUGGCACACUCCGGCCGAGUCAGAGUGAAGCCGAGUAGGUUAAGAUAUUUUAAGGACAGGAUGUGUCGUUGUGCGAGUUGAGGAUGCCUGUAAUUUACACGUAUGUUUCAUAUAAAAUGACGGAUAUGAUGAUUUAUCCAUACUAAUUAAGUCCAGUAUUUUUGUAAUUAUAUGAUGCGAUUCCAAAAUUUUGUUGCAUGUUGCGUUAUCUUUCACGUCUUAAAUAAACUAGUAAUCUCUGGGCGCAUUGUGUGACUUGGUAUUUUUGAUAGAUUUAGGUUAGAAUUUUUUUUUUUUACUCUUACAAAGACACCCAUUUUGUACAGAAAAGUAUGCAUUUGUUUUUUGUUCAGUUCAAGAACGUACCACAUAGUUGUUUCUCAAUGAUACUUUGAUAAGCCAAGUUAUUUUUUUCUUACCUAUUUGCGACCUUGACAAUUAAGUUUAUGCAUUAUGAAACAAAAUAUGUAUUGGGAGACAUAUUUAGUUUUCCAGUGUCUGAUGAUGCUUGCAGUGAGCUGUGAAAUAAGUCGAAAACAUUUACAAGUUCAUUUCACUGAAAUUGGAUGAAAUGCACACGUAGAAACCUUACAAUCUCGUGUAAAACAAUUUUUUUGCUAAGCGACAGUUUUGUUUCACAACUUUAAAAUUACGAGUAAGGUGCUUAAAAAUUACACAUUAAUGUACUGUUUCACUCGAGCGUUAUUUAUCUCGGGCAUAUUAUAGGCAUAGACUGAUACAAAAAAAAAAAAAUUAUGUCGUCCACAUAAAAUUUAUGUGACACAUAUUGUAAUAAAAUACAAACUUAUCUUCUAUUCUUUAUCUAAUGUAAAAAAAAACUGUAAAAUUCCUUAGAUAUAUUCCACUCGAUGUCUGUGGGUUUAAUUUCUAGAACAGUGACUUUAUGUUAAAUACUUAAAUUCUAAUGAGUAAAAGAUUUACAAGUA